UUCUCCUUUGUAAGCUAUGACAACCAUAGGGUACCCCAGGACCCCAAGUCUCGCACCUUAAUCCGUCGGCAUGCUAUGCGGGAUGUGGCCACGACGAGAAAGCAGAAGCGAAACUAUCGCGGCAACGCGGUCCAGUAUCCAGAGUCGGUGCUGCGAGCAACCAAGCGUAAGCUUUUGAAAAAGGCGACGGACAGCAGCCCGCAGCCGACUAAGCAGCAGCUCAUACGAAUCCACACAAUCGUUGUCGAUGACUACAGCCAGAAGUUUAGCACGAGGUUCCCCAUCUUGGAGCUCAUUGCACCACUCACAGGCCUGCAUUUGGGAAUGGCCUACCUCUCUUGCUUUACCAUGGAGCCCGGCAGGACUGGAGACGGACUGUUCUCACUGCCGCUAUCUCAAAUGCAGAGCAGAAGGCUGUUAGACUAUUUGCCUAGCUUGUAUGGUAAAGCUACCGCCUUGACUUAUACUGUCGACUGUCUUGUAGCAAGGCUAAGUCAAAUCACUCGCGGCUUGGCUACCAACACUCCAACGCAAGAGAUAGAUGGCGAAGUUCUCCAUCAUUAUGCCAAGGCUCUCAAAGAAAUUCAGAGGGCCAUCGACGAUGAGGAGCUCCGAAUGGCCCAGGAGACACUGUAUGCGGCAGAACUCCUUGGCAUUUUUGAGCUUCUGAGCCCCAAUCCAGAGAUGGCGUCCUGGAAGUGCCACGCAGCAGGAGCUGCCAGGCUAAUUCAGCUUCGUGGCCCUGAGAGGUUCAAGACUGACUUUGAACUGGCUCUUUUCAUGGCCCACAUCGGCCCAAUAGUCACUGAAUCGUUCCUCAAUAACAAGGAAUGCUUCCUGACCGAGGAGCCAUGGAAGAAGGUCUUGCGCGCCGCCAUCUGCCAUGACCCGACCAUACCGCCGGAGCAGAGCAAGCUCAUCUAUCGGCUUUGGUCUGCCCUCAUCUUUGGACCCAACAUAUUCAAAAUGGUCACCAGCUUGGUCCUGUCGUCCACUCCACCUGCAGAAAGUGAGGUUGAGGCGGCAGUCGAGAAGCUCCAGAAAGACCUGACUUACUUGAGAAUGUGGGAAGACUUGCUGCGGCAGCAGGAACAAGGCCAAACCCCUCCACAUGAAGACGAUGUGGACUCAAGCAGUAGCAUGAAGUUCAUCUUCGCAGCUCCGACCUGGAACAAGGGAAAGAACUCCAUGCCGUGGCCGGUCCUCCGCGGCACCUUUAUGAUGUGCGGCAUGCUGAAGAGGCGGCUUUUGGUGUCGCUUGUGCCCUCUCGCUUCCCUCACGUCGAGGCAGAGGCUCAAGCGCUGGCCGACACAACGCUGGAGCGCAGCACCAACCCAGUUGCACGCAGGGAAGAUGGCCUUCUGGGCGGCCUUUUCCUGGCGCAAACGGUCUGGGUGGCGGAAGCCGUCAUCUCCACAAAGAACAUAUGGUAUGGAACCACAGCAGAUGCAAACACGCUGGUGCCGGAUAAAAAUGCCAUGGGGCCGAUGAUUGAACAGUGGAAGUUUAAGAUCUGGUGCAAGGAGCUGGGAAGAAGCAUUACGUAAGUGCUAUUGUGGUUUGAUGCAUACUGCAUGGAGAUAGAUCUCACGAUGCCGAUGCCGGCAAGUCUUACGGUGUUAUGGGUUCAUUUGUUCACACCACUCACAUGCCUUCUGAUUUUAUUAGAACAAGAGGCGUUGGAGUUGCUGGAGUUACUGUCCGUUCUUUUCAAUGUAAAGAUACAAAUUGUUGACCUAAAAUUGUGUUCUUGACCGUGAGUACAUGUAGAUACCACCAAGCAUCGUAUCAUGGUCGGAGCC